CCCCCCCGGGCUCGCGCUGCCGCGGUGUAGUUGGUGCCGCUGCCCCGGCCGUGCCUAAGCGGUGGUGACGGAGGGAGAUGGCCCGGGAGCGCCGGCGCCAGUAACGGGGAGGUGCCGCGAGCCGCCGAGGGCGCGCCGACUCCUGGUGCCGGGGCUGCUCGCUGCCUGCCCGCCGCCCGCGCGCGCGCCCGCCCGCCUCGCGGCCGCUCUCCCCCUCCCCGACACACACACACAGCCGGGCAUUGAUGGUAAUGUAUGCGAGGAAACAGCAGAGACUCAGUGAUGGCUGUCACGACCGGAGGGGGGACUCUCAGCCUUUCCAGGCACUUAAGUAUUCGUCAAAGAGUCACCCCAGUAGUGGUGAUCACAGACAUGAAAAGAUGCGAGACGCCGCAGAUCCUUCACCACCAAAUAAAAUGUUGCGGAGAUCUGAUAGUCCUGAAAACAAAUACAGUGACAGCACAGGUCACAAUAAGGCCAAAAAUGUGCAUACUCAAAGAGUUAGAGAAAGGGAAGGUGGGACCAGUUAUUCUCCACAAGAAAAUUCACACAACCACAGUGCUCUUCAUAGUUCAAAUUCACAUUCUUCUAAUCCAAGCAAUAACCCAAGCAAAACUUCAGAUGCACCUUAUGAUUCUGCAGAUGACUGGUCUGAGCAUAUUAGCUCUUCUGGAAAAAAAUACUACUACAAUUGUCGCACAGAAGUUUCACAGUGGGAAAAACCAAAAGAGUGGCUUGAAAGAGAACAGAGACAAAAAGAAGCUAAUAAGUUGGCAGUUAAUAGCUUCCCAAAAGAUAGGGAUUACAGAAGAGAGGUGAUGCAAGCAACAGCCACUAGUGGGUUCGCCAGUGGGAUGGAAGACAAGCAUUCCAGCGAUGCCAGUAGUUUGCUCCCACAGAAUAUUUUGUCUCAAACAAGCAGACACAAUGACAAAGACUACAGACUGCCAAGAGCAGAGACUCACAGUAGCUCUACGCCAGUACAGCACCCCAUCAAACCAGUGGUUCAUCCAACCGCUACCCCAAGCACUGUUCCUUCCAGUCCAUUUACUCUUCAAUCUGAUCACCAGCCAAAGAAAUCAUUUGAUGCUAAUGGAGCAUCUACUUUAUCAAAACUGCCUACACCCACAGCUUCUGUCCCUGCACAGAAAACAGAGAGAAAAGAAUCUGCUCCAGGAGACAAAUCAGUGUCACAUUCUUGCACAACUCCUUCCACAUCUUCAGCCUCUGGCCUGAACCCCACAUCUGCACCUCCAACAUCUGCUUCAACAGUACCUGUUUCUCCUGUUCCACAGUCACCAAUACCUCCAUUACUUCAGGACCCAAAUCUUCUUAGACAGUUGCUUCCUGCUUUACAAGCCACGCUACAGCUUAAUAAUUCUAAUGUGGACAUAUCCAAAAUAAAUGAAGUUCUUACAGCAGCUGUAACACAGGCUUCCCUGCAGUCUAUCAUCCACAAGUUUCUUACUGCUGGACCGUCUGCUUUCAACAUCACUUCUCUGAUUUCUCAAGCUGCCCAGCUCUCUACACAAGCCCAGCCAUCUAAUCAGUCUCCGAUGUCUCUAACAUCUGAUGCUUCAUCCCCAAGAUCCUAUGUGUCUCCGAGAAUAAGCACACCUCAAACUAACACAGUCCCCAUCAAACCUUUGAUUAGUACUCCACCUGUUUCAUCACAGCCAAAGGUUAGUACUCCAGUAGUUAAGCAAGGACCAGUGUCACAAUCGACCACACCGCAGCCUGUAACUGUUGAUAAGCAGCAGGGUCAUGAACCUGUUUCUCCUCGGAGUCUUCAGCGCUUAAGCAGCCAGAGAAGUCCAUCACCUGGUCCAAAUCAUACUUCCAGUAGUAAUGCAUCAAAUGCAACAGUUGUAGCACAGAAUACUUCUGCUCGGCCUGCGUGUUCAUUAACACCUACGCUAGCAGCACAUUUCAAUGAUAAUCUCAUAAAACAUGUUCAAGGGUGGCCUGCAGACCAUGCAGAGAAACAGGCAUCAAGAUUGCGUGAAGAAGCCCAUAAUAUGGGAAGUGUUCACAUGUCAGAAAUAUGUACUGAAUUAAAAAAUUUGAGAUCUUUAGUUCGAGUAUGUGAAAUUCAAGCAACUUUGCGAGAGCAGAGGAUACUAUUUUUGAGACAACAAAUUAAGGAACUUGAAAAGCUAAAAAAUCAGAAUUCCUUCAUGGUUUGAAGAUGUGAAUAAAUGCACAUGGUAUCCUACAGGAACUGUAAAUCUGUUGCCCAGUCAUAACAUUUUUGAGCUGCAUCUAAGUAGACUGUGGACCGUUAAGCUGGGCAAAUGAAAUGACAAGGGGACGGGGGUCUGUGAGAGUCUUUUCAGGGGAAAGAUACAAGAUUGAUUUGUAAAACCCUUGAAAUGUAGAUUUCUUGUAGAUGUAUCUUCACGUUGUAAAUAUGUUUUGUAGAGUGAAGCCAUGGGAAGCCAUGUGUAACAGAGCUUAGACAUCCGAAACUAAUCAAUGCUGAGGUGGCUAAAUACCUAGCCUUUUACAUGGAAACCUGUCUGCAAAAUUAGUUUUUUUU